AUGAUGCUGUUGCUGCUGCUCAGUCUCUCUGCUCAGCUCCUGUUCUCAGGGGCACAAGUCUUUAAUGGGCCAAAUGUUGUGGACAUCAGCAUGUGUCCCAUCGCCUACUACGGAACAAUUUACACCGAGCUCCAGCUCUUCUUCCGCGACAACAAACAGUUGAGCAUCCAUUUUGGGAGGAUGAAUGGCAGCUCUCUGGUGAACUUCAUUGAUAUCAAACAGCCGUUGGAGGCGGAGACGGUCACUAUGGAAGUCAUUUCAGACUUGACAGUUGCCGAAACUGUGAUCAAAGAAAGUUAUUCCCACAUCUCCACAUCCUCGACCUGCGGCAUUCGCCUGAAAAUGACUUUAGACAUGGCGACAAGAGUCAGCAACACAGAUGUGGACUUUAUUGUGAACUCUGACCAAUCUGCAACUCUUUAUUCGGGUGGAGGCAUUUUAGCAGUGGAUCUAACUGGCUGCCAGCACCAAGACCAGAGUUACUGGAUGAACGCCAAGGUCACUGACCUCUGUUUGGAGCAAACCUGCCUCUCCACGGGGCUGUGGAGCGCUCCGGCCCCUACCUGCUUGGACAGUGAAAGCUGUUUUGGAGACAACUUGUGUGGAAUGGAGACCACGUGUGUGGCAUUUGGGAACAGCAUGGUGGACUUUACCCAAAUGAGCAACCAGAUCUCAAACUUCUGUAAUAACACACUGCUGCUGUCGCCCGAUUUCACGGUGACGGGUUCUUACGCAUCACGCCGAAACACUGAGGUGCCAUUUCUACAGAGCGUCAAUCUGACAACGACAGGAUACGUGACGCUAAAACACGGAGGAGUGGUGCUGACGAAACAGGAAAACGGUGAGGAGGUGGAGGUGGACUUGAGCUCGUCUGUGGUGACUCUGUACGGUGUGGAGCUCUCCAAAAGCCCCCGCGGAGUGAGCGCUACUUUCACUGAUUCAACCCUACGCUCCUUCACUGUACUGUACGACGGGACUCUGCUGUCUAUCAACAUGAAGGCACCACGCUAUUCGAGUCUAGUGAGCGGCCUCUGCCAAGGCUUUGCUCCACCCGGGAGCAAUAUUGACUGGAAUCUGUCUGAAGACAACUGUGACGUCGUCGUCCCAGACUCAGACAAAGACGACAUCGACUGUGACGCGGUGACAGAGAGGUGCAGUGCAGAGCUCACGUCUCUGAAGGAUGCCUUCGGAUGCCACUUCUCCAUAGCUCCUUUUGUGGACAGCUGCUCCAGAGACCUGCUGUGUUUGUACCCGGAGGAGGACGGUCUGCUCUGCGCCGUGAAAGACGCCUUUGCCACGACCAAAACACUGUCCCCCUGUGUGGACCACGCCUGUGCUGACCAUGAGUUCUGUGCCAUUAACGCCGUGGGUGAUCCGGCAUGUUUCUGCCAGGAUAUCGUGGCCACGCCCUACAGGACUGCCGGCACUUACGGUGAUGUGAGCUGUGACUCCGCCUCUGUCUCCGCCUCCCUCCUAACCUGUUUUCUGGAGGAGAAGGGGGUGGAGCCUUCCACUGUGCACCUUCUGGACCCCCGCUGCACCUCAGUGUCCCAGGACCAGAGCAAGAGCCUCCGCUUAGACUUCAGCUCCACCAACCUGUGUGGAGGCACCAUCAACGACACUACAGAUCAGGUCGUCUUCUCCAACAUCAUCUCAAACACUGUGAAUAGCUCUGCGGAUGUCGUCAUGUACCAGAACCCACUGUCCAUUCACUUGUCCUGUGCCUACAAACCCACGAUCACUACGGCAACCAUCACCAUCUCAGACGGCUCUGUGACCCUGGUCUACCCCGCUGGAGAGUUCCUGUACAACAUCACCAUUAGCCUGUUCACAGACGAGGACCUCUCGAUGGCCGUGGGGCAGGACACUACUCUGUUACUGAACCAGAAGCUGUGGGUGCAGCUGGAGGCUGAGGGCGUGGGGGGCUCGGACCUGGCUCUGUUCAUCCAGGACAGCUGGGCCACACCCUCAACGGAACCCACGGACAGCCCCCGUCAUGACAUCAUCACACAGGGAUGUGAGAACUCUGAAGACUCCGUGGACAUCAUCUCGAACGGCGUGUCACUGACUUCAGUCUUUGCCUUUCGCCUGUUUGAGUUCAUUGAAGCGCCCUCUGCUGGUCUCAGUCUGCACUGUCAGCUCAGGCUGUGCAUCGUCGGCAGCAGCUGCACCAUGCCCACGUGUGCGUAA